UCUUUGUCCAAAAGGACUUAACGAACAAGAUACAAUCCCCGGCGCGCCACGUCAGUCUCCACCGACCUUCCACUUCAAAACGCAAACACAUUAAACUCUUUCAAACAAGCACGUCGAUCCUUCUUUCCUUCCUUCACAAAAUGACAAGUUUCAAUUCCCACAACAAUCACCCAAACAACGAUCCCUCUCACUAGCACUUCCGUCUUCGCAGAUGGCGGCACCACCACCACCAACGACGUCGUUUUUAUCGCCGACGCAGAGGUACGCCGCCGCAGCAUUGUUCGGCCUCGCUCUUCACGAAGCCCAGGUUAACCAGACUCAUCCACUAGCCUCACCCGCUUCCGAGAACUCUUCUUCCCUCUCUGAGGAGCGAACCAGUAGUGGCUCCAGCAGUGAUUCAGUUUCCGAUGACCCCGAUCUUUGGGUCCACCGCCGCUCCGGUUUGCUCCGCCCCGUUUUCAAGUUUCUAGAUAUUGAUUCUGCUGCGUGGUGUGGGCUAGAGGAAACUGCUGGGGCGUCUGUAGCUACACAUCAUGUGGGACCAUUUUUGAGAUUGCUCUCAGAAGAAUUUGAUGAUGAUUCUUCUCAAAGGCUCGAUCAAGAACUGGCCUUGUCGAAAGCGGUUGAUGGUUUUUUACUUGACAUGGAGAAAAACUUGGAGUCUUCUGAGUCUAAAAAAGAGAAGCUUCAUGAAUAUAAGCAUCAGUGUCUCGAAAAAUUUUCAACUCCAGAUGGUGAACCUAGUUCUGAAAAGAUAGAUUUAAACUUGGAUAUUCAGCAGGAGACAGAGGCCACCCCUUUUCUUGACUGUAAAGAGCCACCACAGCAAGGAUUUGGUACUGGUGAGAUUGAUGAGAAACCAAUUGAAGAAGCUAUGAUGCUGAGUGAUCAGAGGAAAGUGACGGUUCUCUAUGAACUUCUCACUGCUUGUCUUGCAAAUUUGAGUGAAAAUGACAAGGAUUGUACCCGGAGAAGAAAGGGUUAUGAUGCUCGGCAUCGUGUGGCUCUGCGGUUGCUUGCAACAUGGUUUGAUAUCAAGUGGACAAAAAUGGAGGCCAUUGAGACCAUGGUUGCUUGUACUGCAAUGGCUAUCAUGAAAGAGCAAGAAGCAGAGAAAGAAGAAACUCAGUCAAAAAAAGGCAAGUGGGCUAAACUGAAGCGUGGUGGUAUUAUUGGUGCGGCUGCAUUAACUGGGGGAGCCUUGUUGGCUAUUACUGGUGGGUUAGCUGCACCAGCAAUUGCUGCAGGACUUGGUGCUUUGGCUCCAACUUUGGGCACUCUGAUCCCUGUAAUUGGAGCAAGUGGAUUUGCUGCAGUUGCUGGUGCUGCUGGAACUGUUGCUGGUUCCGUUGCUGUUGCUGCAUCGUUUGGAGCUGCUGGAGCUGGACUUACAGGAAGCAAAAUGGCUAGGAGAAUUGGCGAUGUUGAUGGGUUUGAUUUCAAAGCUAUAGGAGAAAACCAUAACCAAGGCAGGCUAGGGGUUGAGAUCUUGGUCUCUGGAUUUGUCUUUGAGAAGGAUGAUUUUAUAAGGCCAUGGGAUGGGCUGAAUGACAACCUGGAGAGGUAUGCGCUAGAGUGGGAAACUAAGAAUCUAAUUGCCGUGAGCACUGCAAUUCAAGAUUGGCUUACUUCAAGACUUGCGAUGGAGCUGAUGAAGCGAGGGGCAAUGAUGACUGUAUUGAGCACACUUUUAACUGCUUUGGCUUGGCCAGCUGUGUUACUUUCAGCAACUGAUUUCAUUGACAGUAAAUGGACCAUAGCUAUUAACAGAUCAAACAAAGCAGGAAAGUUGCUUGCUGAAGUAUUAUUAAAAGGAUUGCAAGGAAAUAGGCCAGUGACACUUGUAGGAUACUCACUUGGGGCAAGAGUCAUUUUCAAGUGCCUACAGUGUUUGGCUAAAACAGAAAAUGGCGCUGAACUAGUAGAAAGAGUUGUACUUCUUGGAGCACCUAUCCCAAUACAGGAUGAGAACUGGGAAGCUGCUAGAAAGAUGGUAGCAGGAAGAUUUAUAAAUGCUUAUUCAAGGAAUGACUGGAUGCUUGGAAUUGCCUUCCGUGCCAGUCUACUUACGAAAGGAUUAGCUGGAAUCCAACCAGUCCCUAUUCCUGGGAUACAAAAUGUUGAUGUGACUGAUCACAUCGAAGGCCAUUCUUCUUAUCUGUGGGCUACACAACCGAUAUUAGCACAACUUGAAAUAGAUACAUAUUAUCCUGUCUAUAACAGUAUUUCUUGUAUAUAGUUAACACCCCGUUUGGAGGGGCUCUAUAUAUCUAUGUAUAUUUCUGUUAGUUGUUGAAUCAAUUGCAGUGAAUGUAGAAAAUGCUAAGAAAUUAAUAUUGAUUCAUUCUAACUCUUUAAAUGUUGAGAAAAAGUUUCAUGCA